AUGGCGACAGGCAAGAAGCGCCCAACAUUCCUCGAGUCCAUGUGUCUGCCCCUCAAGACCUUCGCCCUCGACAUAUCCAAGCUGCGGUCUAAGCUGCGGUCGAAGCCAAAGUCCAAGCCCAAACCAAGUCCAACAUCAAACCCGAAGCCGCAGCCGAAACCCUGGGUCCGCGUCAACACCACCAUCCCCCUCCCCCAUCCCGACAUACAACCACCCGUCCUCAAAACCGCCCGCCUAACCAUCCGCCCCCUGACCCUCUCCGACCUACACGCCUACCACGCCCUCCGCCGGCAACCCGCCGCAAUGACAUACAGCACAUACGCGCGGCCCGACCUUAGUCUCACCGAGACAACCGCGAAGCUCCUCACUAAUAUCCCCACCUUUGACCCCAAUUCCAACACCAGCAACAGCAACAGCAACAACAACUACUACUUCGGCAUCUUCCUAAGCAGCACAAACCAACUAAUAGGCGAAGGCGGCGUCCACACAUUGAGCUCGCCAAUGUGCGGGUGGCCGGAACUGGGAUACAAGUUUGGCGUCGAGCAUUGGGGGUGCGGGUAUGGGACGGAGUUUGUACGGGGGUUUUUGGGGUGGUGGUGGGUGUUGCAUCGGGAGGUUCAGCAAAAACAAGUAUAUGGGGAUUCGGUUGUCGGCAAGGGCGGGCGUGGUAUUACUGAGGAGAGCGCCAGCUGGUGUUGCGACGGGAUGGGGGAUGAGAGUAUAGGGGAGGAGGAGGAAAUGGACAUGGAAAAGGAGAAGGACAUGGGGGAAAUGGGACUGGCACCGGGACUGGCACCGGAACUGCAACCGAAACCGGCCGGAGCCAGGGGAGAGGCAGAAGCUGCAGAACAGAUAUGCGCCUGGACGGCAGUGGAGAACCGGCGCAGUCAGUGGGUUUUAAUCAAGGCGGGCUUUCGGCCGUUCAUGUGCUGGGAGUGGCGGGGGGAACAGGUGAUAGGCUGGCGAUCCGGCGCUCCAGCUCUCCAGAAUCGACAUAAAAGGAGGUAA